AUUACAAACAUUCAGAGUUUCAAGUGCAACACAGGCUAUAAAACUGGCUGUCUAACGAUUCAUAGUUUCUUUAUAUCAACUAAACUUAAGCUGUAAAGUACGCGACUAGUGAGCGACAAGCGAUAUACCAUAUUUUGCGUUUUAUAAUAAUAAAUUAAAUAGAAAGAAAUAGCUUUCAAAGCCUUGUGAUCAAAAUGGUGAACAACGAUAUGUACAAUGAGGAUGAGCUGAACGCGCCAGAUUGGUUGAAUAAGGAUUUUUUUGAAAAAGUGCUUAAAAAUGUGGAAAAUAAAAGUACGAAGGUAACAGAUCUGGUACUCACGCCGGGUACAUCGAAAAACGACCACUAUUCAAGUGUUCUCUUUCGCGCCAAAGUCAGCUACACGGUGGGGACACAGUCAGCGCAGGAGAAAGUAAAUUCGUACAUUAUAAAAACUGAGCCAUCCGUAGAUGGCCGAAAGAAGGAAUUUCUUGGUAAUUUGCAUUUCUUUCAAACGGAAAUUCGUAUGUAUACAGAAGUGCUGCCUUUAAUUGAGGGAGUGCUGAGGCAGUAUGGCGACGAUACAGUUUUGGGACCAAAACUUAUCCACUGCAGCGACACCUCCCCCUUAUUUGUGGUUUUCGAAGAUUUGACGCAGCAAGGUUACACCACACUUGGUAAUCGCCACAUAAAUUCGGACGAAAUAAAACUAGCGUUGCUGAAGUUGGCAAAGUUGCACGCGGUGAGCUACAAGUUGAGUCAAGAGAAAGCAAACACCUUUGCUGGCAUAGACAAGGGUUCCAUUAAUACUGUGGAUCAAGAAAGCUUUACCUUUAUCAAGAAUGCCACCAAAUUGAUGAAAGAGGUCUUAAGCGAACAUGGCGAUCUUCGCAAAUUCGUACCACUCAUUGAGUCCGUCGAACAUAUAUUUCUAUCCAGUAGCAUCGAUAUGUUUAAUGAGAACCGAGAUGGUAGACUUGAUGGGAUUUGUGUACUAAAUCAUGGCGGUUUUCAUGCAAAAAAUGUAAUGGUGCAAAAUGUGGAUGGCAAACUGAAAGAUCUCAUGCUGCUCGACUAUCAGAUUAGCAUAUUUGGUUCGCCAGCUAUUGAUCUACACUACGCCUUCAUCAUGAUGUUCAGUCCCGAAAUGCGACGAGAGCAAUUUGACGAAUUAUUGUAUUAUUACAUAAUGAAUUUCCAGGAGACUCUGCGCAAAACAGAGUACAAGGGACGAAUUCCGACCAAUGUGGAAUUUCGACAAGAACUGCAGAAGCGCAGAUAUUGGGGACUUUUUUUACUUUUAUCCUUUUUGGCAUUCAACUACACGUUUGCUGAUGAAAAAGGCGAUGUUGCCAAACUCGUUGAAAAUGCGGAGGCACAGAAGAACCAACUACGAGAUCCGAAGCUGCUGAAUGAGCUAAGAGAGCUUUUGCCAAGGUUUUUAUAUAACGGCUACUUUGAGUAUUAAAAUUAUAAAAAAGCGACUCCCAGCUCCAGAAAUAAUAUGAAUUUUAUUAAAUUGUAUCACGUUAAUUGUUGUUGUUGUUGUUGUUAAUAGUGCUAUGGUUGUGCUUGGAAGUGUUAAAAAUGUGGAUUUAUUUACCAAACAAAAUCACGAAAGAAUAAAAACAAACAGAAACGAA